CUGAAUGUGUGUGCAGAUGAAACCACAGCAGUGUGAACCACAGACAGAGGAAGGAGGAGGGUUUUACUCAGUGACUCUGAGCUGAUCAGAGAGCAGCUCUAACAUCCUCACAGAGUCAGGAUGGAGGGAACAUGUCUGCUGUGUCUGCUCUCUCUGACCUCCCUGCUGUGCUGCACCUCAGACUCAGCUGGUCUGACGGUGAGUCCCAGCAGCUCCCAGCUGUUUGAAGGAGCCUCUGUCUCUCUGAGCUGUGAGGAGGACGACAGCUCUGCUGGAUGGAGGCUGAGGAGGAACACCACCAGAGAAACCAGGACUCAGUGUGGAGCUGGCUGGGGAAGAUCAGCUGGUUCUUCCUGUAACAUCAGCUACAUCGUCCCAUGGGACAGUGGAGUUUACUGGUGUGAGUCCAGAGAGGGAGCAACCAGUAACAGCAUCAGCAUCACUGUCACUGGUGGAGCAGUGAUCCUGCAGAGUCCUGUCCUCCCUGUGAUGGAGGGACAUGAUGUCACUCUGCACUGUAAAACAAAGACCCCUCCCUCCAACCUCCCAGCUGCUUUCUAUAAAGAUGGCUCCCUCAUCACAGAGACUACAGGUCACAUGACCAUCCACCAUGUUGACAAGUCUGAUGAAGGCCUCUACAGCUGUGACAUCAGAGGUCAUGGAGAGUCUCCACGCAGCUGGAUCACUGUCACAGAGAGAACUCCAACCACAGCCCCGCCCCCUUACUCAACCUUCCUCCAACUUGUGUUCUUCCUGAUCCGCUACCUGGUGGUGUUCAGUCCGUACUUCAUCUCCACUGUCCUCAUGGUGUCUUUAUAUAGACAGAGACCUACAGCACCAUCCACCCAGGCGGAGCAGAGAUUGGCCGAGGACAGUGAUGACAUCGUGGCGGUCUCCACUGAGCAUCACUUCUGAGCCGAACAUCUUGAACAUGAAGCUGCAGCUGUUUCAUAAUGUUGUUAGAGACAGAUGUUCAUCAUCACCUGUGACCCGCCGCCUGUCCAGAUGUGGGAGUUCGUUUCAUUACAUUUUUCUCUACAUGUAUUAUAAAAGUCAGGUUCUCUGGUAAAUACAGUAUUAGUAAUAAUACAUUAAGUUGGAUAUUUGAAUAAAUAUCAGUUUUUAAUUGAGGCUGCUGCUGUUUUUUCCUUCAUCAUGAAGCAGAAAGUUCAUUAAUAACUUAAAACAAAUAUUUCCUUCAUGUGCCAGAUUAUCAAUGACACCUGCAGCAACAACAAUCUAAAAUCAAUUCUUACACAAAAGGUUUUAAAGUGAUUUCACUUCAAGGAAAUGUAGGUUUCAAUUUUG